AUGUCGAAGAAAAAACUCACCGAUAAGGAGCUAGAGUAUUAUGCAAACCACUUAUCAGAAAUAAGUGAUGGAUCAGUGGAUUUCGAUUCCGAUGAUAGCAUUGCCGAUCCAGACUUUUGCAGCGGCAGUGAAAUUUCGAGUGAGCAGUCUGAGAGAGAUCAGGAGAUUGAUUCAGAUAGUGAUGAUAUUGGGUUUGCCGAGUUCAUUCAUCAGAAUGAAGAAGAUUUGAGCUUAUUUUGGUCGGAUUGUGUUUUGCAGUUUAAAAAAUUUCAGUUCAUAGGAACCCAAGGAACAUUAAUUCCAAUUGAAGGCAAAGAUGUACGAGAUAUAUAUAGGUUAUUUCUGACAGAUGAAAUAAUACAACUUAUGGUCCAGCAAACCAAUGUGCGUGCACGUGAAAUAAUAGCAAAUAAGAAACCACGAACAUCUUCCCGCUUUUCCAGAUGGCAUGACACCAAUGAAGAUGAAAUGGAAUUGUUUAUUGGAAGCACUGUAGUGGAAUUAGUGAGACCUCUUUUAAAUGAAGGCAGAAUGGUAAUUACUGAUAACUACUACACUAGCCUGCAACUUGCAAAAUAUCUCUAUGAUCGAAACACCCACCUAUUGGGAACAUUACGCAAAAAUAGGCGUGGUCUGCCAGAAGAAGUAAUUAUACACAAAUUACGCAAGGGCGAAAUAAUCUCAAGACAAAAUGGCUGUAUUACUGUUUCAAAAUGGAAAGACCAGCGUGACGUUCUUUUUCUCUCAACUGUUCAUGAUGAUGAAAUGAAAACUUGUGGAAAAAAAAGAAAUGGCGAAGAUAAGAUUAAACCUUCUGCCAUUUUGGACUACAAUAAAGGAAAACAAGGGGUGGAUAUAUCUGAUCAGUUUGCCAGCUACUAUACUUGUCUGAGAAAGUCAUUGACAUGGUAUAAAAAACUCGCCAUAGAGAUUAUUUGUGGAACACUCGUUGUAAACACUCUGAUUAUAUAUAAUGAACAACGUCCAAAAAAAGAACAAGUAUCUCUUUUGCAAAUGAGACAAUCCCUAAUAAGCGAGAUGUUAAAAAGAAAAUCUAAUAACGAUGGCGGUUCUGGAGGCAAGACCAAAAAAACUAUUCACAUACUGGAAGAACUGCCUAGAGAUAAUAACAAACUCUACAGAAAGCGUUGCCACGGAUGCUAUGGGAAACUGCGCGGAAACCAUUCGGCAUCAGAAUCUGCAAAAAAAGCUAAGAGGGUCAACACUAUCAGCAAAUCCUGCAAUCAAGCAUUUUGCGUGCCUUGCUUUGGAGAAAACCAUUAG